AUGCCGCUUCACAUUGGAAAGCUAACUUGUCUUCGGACAUUAAAAUUCUAUAACGUGGGCCAGGAGAAUGGUCGUCGAGUUGAAGAGUUGGGAUUAUUAAAGAAUUUGAAGGGAAAACUUAAGAUACGCAAUCUUGAGCAUGUGAAUGAUAAAGAAGAAGCGGCUAGAGCACGCCUCUGUGAAAAGCGCAACAUACACAACUUAGAGCUUGUGUGGAGCAGCUCAAGGGAAGGCAACAACUUGAGUGAUGAACAAGUGUUGGAAGGUCUUGAGCCUCACUCCAACAUAAAAAGUUUAACCAUUAAAAGAUUUUGCGGAGGUUAUUUUCCAUCGUGGGUCAUGAACGCGACUGUUAGUGAAGUGAAUAGAUUGGACAAAUUAAUUGAGCUCAAAUUGAUAGAUUGCAAAAGAUGCGUGGAAGUUCCAACACUGGGCCAUUUACCAAUGCUUAAAAUCUUGAAGUUGAAAGGACUAAGAAAUGUAAGACUGAUAGGUCCUUGGUUUUACUAUCCUCCUUCUGGCAUUAAUGAUCGACCUCCAUUUCCAUCACUUGAGUGUUUCAUCCUAAAGGACAUGACCAGUUUGGUGCAUUGGAUUGAAAUUUUCACUAAUAAUGGAUCUGAAGUUGUUAAUCCUUUUCCACGUCUUGAAUUCUUGAAGAUACGGAACUGUCCCAUUAUGAGAAGUAUUCCAAGUCAUGAUUUUCCUUGUCUGGAGAAACUAGAGAUUGACAGUGUCGAAAGAGGCGGACUAUUAUUGAAUAAGAUAUGCAGCAAGAGUUUAAGCGCUCUCACGAAUUUGAGACUCAACGAUGUUUCAGACCUCACUUAUCUUCCUGAAAGGCUAUUGUUUGACAGCCAACACCUCUCGCGUCUCCACAUAACUAAUUGUCCUAGCCUAAUUCAUCUUGGAUUGCUGAGGCACAAUCUUCGCUCUCUUAAGGAGAUAUAUAUAAACAGUUGCAAUAAACUCAAGUCACUUAGAGUUUUGAUAGGAGGAGAAUUAGACGACGAUGAUGAUGUCAGUGUUAGUUCUCUUCGAGAAUUGACAGUUGCAAGUUGCCAAGAGCUGACAGAUUUCUCGAGUACAAUGCUAGACUCAUCUACCUCGCUUGUGUGGUUAAGUGUACGCAACUGCCGUAAUCUAGUCUCUUUUCCAGUAGAGUCCUGUCGGAGAAUGCCACAUUUGAAUUUCUUGCGUAUUUCAGGAUGUCCCAAUUUGAGGAGCUUCACAAGAGGUGUUAUCAAUUGUCUUUCCCGCUUAACAGGAUUGGCCAUUGGUCCCUUCUCAGAGAAAGAGGGUUUCGCCACUCUUUGUGAGAUUAUUCAAGCUAUUCAACAACUACAGUCAAUGAAAACAUUAAAAUUAUACGGAUGGCCGCAGUUUGACUCUCUGCCGGACCAACUUCAGCAUCUCACUACUCUCUCUUUUCUCCAAUUAUGUAAUUUCGGCAUAGAAUUUUUGCCUGAAUGGUUUGGCAACUUGUCAUCUCUAGAAUGCCUAAUAAUCACAAGCUGCAAGAGGCUAUGUCAUUUGCCGUCUGAGGAAGCCAUGCAACGCCUCACCAAAUUACAACGUUUAUUUAUUACGGGAUGUCCGUUUCUAAGCGAGAGAUGUAAACCAGAUAAAACCCGCCCUGCAGAUGAUUCUGAAGAGCACAAGAUUUCGCAUAUCCCCAAUAGCAGGGGUACGACAAUUUGCAAGGAGCUCGCCCUCCAUCACACGUCUGUGAAUGGGACACUCUGUAGUUUAUCUCCUGGAAUUCCCGCUAUCUGGUGUUGCACUCUUGGAGGCCUUUUUGAAAACACUCCCAACGAGCCAGCUGUUGGGGGACCUUUGUUGGAUUUGCUGGAGAGGCCCUUGUACCCCGAUAGGGGAGGCCCCGUCACAACAACGCCUUCUCCUGGAAGAGUUCCUUCCAUUCCUCCUUAA